AUGCAGAGAAGUUUAUGGCAGGAUAUAGAGGACCAACUGAAGAAGUUUAUGAAACAUUUGGACGAUCCUAUUGUGGAGCUAUAUGCAGCUAAUUGUUCAAACAGGGGUUACACAUAUCCGCCCAAGGGAAACAACCCGGUCGUAGCUAACGUGGGAGACACACUUAUGUGCAAACUCAUGACAGGAGCAUUAUAUUUUAUGAAUGAGAACAGUUGGAAUAUGGGGCGCGCGAAUACAGUGGUUACUAAUGAUGAUGAACUGAAGGAAUAU